GGCGGGGGGCGCGGGGGGCCCGGCGGGCUCCGGGCCGCCCGUGGAUGAGCACCAUGCGGCUGCUGCUGCUCGCCCUCCUCUUCUCGUCGUCCUUCGCCCGCGCCGGCUGCGACCCUAAGAUCGUCAAUAUCGGCGCGGUGCUGAGCACCAAGAAGCACGAGCAGAUCUUUCGCGAGGCGGUGAACCAGGCCAACAAGCGGCACGGCACCUGGAAGCUCCAGCUCAACGCCACCUCCGUCACCCACAAGCCCAACGCCAUCCAGAUGGCCCUGUCCGUCUGCGAGGACCUCAUCUCCAGCCAGGUCUAUGCAAUAUUAGUUAGUCACCCUCCUGCUCCCAACGAUCACCUAACACCAACACCUGUAUCAUACACAGCUGGCUUCUACAGGAUCCCUGUCAUUGGUCUGACAACACGCAUGUCUAUAUAUUCUGAUAAGAGCAUCCACCUGUCCUUUUUGCGCACGGUCCCACCUUACUCUCACCAGGCCAACGUCUGGUUUGAGAUGAUGAGAGUCUUCAACUGGAACCACGUCAUUCUGAUAGUCAGCGACGACCACGAGGGUCGUGCUGCACAAAAGAAGCUGGAGACCCUCCUGGAGGAGAAAGAGUCCAAGAGUAAAAAAAGGAACUAUGAAAACCUCGACCAACUUUCCUAUGACAACAAGCGAGGACCCAAGGCUGAGAAGGUGCUUCAGUUUGACCCUGGAACCAAAAAUGUGACAUCGCUGCUGCUGGAGGCGAAGGAGCUGGAGGCCAGGGUCAUCAUCCUCUCUGCCAGCGAGGAUGACGCGGCCACGGUGUACAGAUCAGCAGCCAUGCUCAACAUGACGGGCUCGGGCUACGUGUGGCUGGUGGGGGAGCGGGAGAUCUCGGGCAAUGCCCUGCGCUACGCCCCGGACGGAGUGAUCGGUUUGCAGCUCAUCAAUGGCAAGAACGAGUCAGCUCACAUCAGCGACGCUGUGGCCGUGGUGGCCCAGGCCGUGCACGACUUGUUUGAGAAGGAGAAUAUCACAGACCCACCGCGGGGCUGCGUGGGCAACACCAACAUCUGGAAGACAGGACCCCUUUUUAAGAGGGUGUUGAUGUCCUCCAAGUACUCAGAGGGUGUCACUGGCCGGGUAGAGUUCAACGAGGACGGGGACAGGAAGUUUGCCAACUACAGCAUCAUGAACCUGCAGAAUCGGAAACUGGUCCAGGUUGGGAUUUACAACGGCAGCAAUGUCCUGACCAAUGACAGGAAGAUCAUCUGGCCAGGGGGGGAAACGGAGAAGCCUCAAGGCUAUCAGAUGUCAACCAAGUUGAAGAUUGUCACCAUCCACCAAGAGCCCUUUGUGUAUGUGAAGCCCACUCAGGCAGAUGGGACCUGCAGGGAGGAAUUCACCAUCAAUGGCGAUCCUGUCAAAAAAGUCUUCUGCACUGGACCCAAUGAGACCAUCCCAGGCCGUCCCACCGUGGCAUUGUGCUGCUACGGCUUCUGCAUCGACCUGCUCAUCCGCCUGGCAGGGGUGAUGAACUUCACCUAUGAAGUUCACCUGGUAGCUGAUGGUAAAUUUGGUACCCAAGAGCGGGUGAACAACAGCAAUAAGAAGGAGUGGAACGGGAUGAUGGGGGAGCUGCUGAGUGGCCAAGCAGACAUGAUUGUGGCUCCCCUCACCAUCAACAACGAGCGGGCUCAGUACAUCGAGUUCUCCAAGCCCUUCAAGUACCAGGGCCUCACCAUCCUCGUGAAGAAGGAAAUCCCCCGCAGUACCCUGGAUUCGUUCAUGCAGCCCUUCCAGAGCACACUCUGGCUGCUGGUGGGGCUGUCUGUGCAUGUGGUGGCAGUGAUGUUGUACCUCUUAGACCGAUUCAGCCCUUUUGGCCGGUUCAAAGUAAACAGUGAGGAGGAGGAGGAAGAUGCUCUGACUCUCUCCUCAGCCAUGUGGUUCUCCUGGGGAGUCCUGCUGAACUCUGGCAUUGGAGAAGGUGCUCCCCGGAGUUUCUCUGCCCGUAUCCUUGGCAUGGUGUGGGCUGGCUUUGCUAUGAUCAUUGUGGCUUCAUACACUGCCAACCUGGCAGCCUUCCUGGUGUUAGACCGACCUGAAGAGAGGAUCACAGGCAUUAAUGACCCCCGGCUGCGCAACCCCUCGGAUAAGUUCAUCUACGCCACAGUGAAGCAGAGCUCUGUGGACAUCUACUUCCGACGGCAGGUGGAGCUGAGCACCAUGUACAGGCACAUGGAGAAGCACAACUACGAGAGCGCUGCCGAAGCCAUCCAGGCAGUGAGGGACAACAAGCUCCACGCCUUCAUCUGGGACUCAGCAGUGCUGGAGUUCGAGGCCUCCCAGAAGUGUGACCUGGUGACCACGGGGGAGCUCUUCUUCCGCUCUGGCUUCGGGAUUGGGAUGCGCAAGGACAGCCCCUGGAAGCAGAACGUCUCCCUCGCCAUCCUCAAGUCCCACGAGAAUGGCUUCAUGGAGGAUUUGGACAAGACUUGGGUGAGGUAUCAAGAGUGUGAUUCCCGUAGCAAUGCCCCAGCAACACUCACCUUUGAAAAUAUGGCAGGUGUGUUUAUGCUGGUGGCUGGAGGUAUUGUUGCCGGGAUAUUUUUAAUAUUCAUAGAGAUAGCUUACAAAAGACAUAAGGACGCACGGAGGAAGCAGAUGCAGCUGGCGUUUGCGGCCGUUAAUGUGUGGAGGAAAAACCUGCAGAGAGAACUGAGAAGGAGGAGCAAAUGUAUCCCCGAGCAUGCUCUACGCACCAGCGGGAUACAUUUUGGUUACCCCCGUGCGGUAGCAGAGCCAGACCUGGUCACUCCGUCCCCCGUCGGAAAGGUCACACUCAUUGGCACGAAAGCAAUUGGGGAGGACUCGUUGCCAGCGCCCAGCGCCGAGCGCGGCUGGGCCCCACGGCCCGCGGCCCCCGCACCAUGGCGGCUGGUGCUCCCAGCCUGCGCCAACCAGGAUAGAAAAAGUGGUAGAGCAGAACCUGACCCUAAAAAGAAAGCCACUUUUAGGUCCAUCACCUCCACCCUGGCCUCCAGCUUCAAGAGACGUAGGUCCUCCAAGGAUACGCAGUAUCACCCCACCGACAUAACUGGCCAGCUCAACCUCUCCGACCCCUCAGUCAGCACUGUGGUGUGACCUUCUCCCCGAGGGCCAUCAGUCCUUGCCCAACACAGUAGGAAGGCACAGCCAGGACUGCCUUUCAAGGGACACUGAUGGGUUCUUCCGGGUGAGAUGGGAGGAAAGCAUCCUUCAUCCAUACACAGUGACUCCAUUGUAUAUCUCCCUCCCUUCCUAGGCCUGCUGCCAUGCUCGUGCCCCAGGAAGCACGGCAGGACCAGGACAAGGUUUGGACUUCACUGUACAGAGAUAAUUGCUUCCAAACAGUGCCACGAUAAUCAGAAUUGUCACUGACUGGCUCCGUGCAAGGGGAAAGUACUGCAGAAGGCACACGGUGCCUGCUCUCCCACGGUAGCAGGGAAGAGCUGGUUCCACACCACAAACACGUGCUUAACCUCACAGGCUGCAGCCUUCUGAGCACACACAGCCCCUCAGAUGUGUGCUCCACGUCUCCCACCACCUGAAGGGCUCCAGCGACGUGCCCGGGGUCCUGAGCAGCCAGAGCAUCCAGCUCCUGGUGCAGCAGAUUGGGCACAUGUUCCUGCUGUGCCGAGCGACCCUCACGUCUGCCACAGGGGCUGGAAGAUGUGCGCUCUGCUCCUUGCAGGGGAUGGACUCUGUUCCCUUCCCUCCCAUGGGCCCGUGGCUGUGACUCGGUUCCUGUCCGUGGUCUGGCUGCAGCAGGAGCGCUCCCUCCUGCAGCCCACGCCCCGUGCUCAUCGCGGCACUCCGGAGCCCAUGGAGUGCUGUCAGCCAAGAUCCCGGCUCCCACCUCUCCUGCACAGAACACAUCCCCAGGACCUGGCCACGGCCAGCAUGUAGCACUCACACAGCAGCUCUCCUGGCCAGGAAUUCUCCACGGGAAAUGGCUCUGGAUGGUUGCACUGACCUCUACCCCAGCUCCACACUGCCUCAGCACCAGCAAUGCAAGGAGAGAUGCUGCUGGCUGGUCACGGCUCACUGCGGUGCUGCAGCGGUCACCCAGCCUGUCUGCACCGUCGGGGCACCACGGCCAGCGCUGGCGGCUCCCCUGCCACCCUCACCUGCAGUUCAAGCUUGCCAGCAGCUCCCGCGGCAGCCCUGAAGCCCCAGCUCACGGCGGUCCAUCUGACUGAACCUGGAGACGUGGAAAGCAGAUCCCAGUUCGGGAGAAGGGAACCGAAGGAGCCAGGCUGACGCCAUCCCUCCCCCGCCUUCCUCCCCUCGAGCCCACCCUGCGCACCCUCCCCGCGGGCGCCGGCAGCGGGGGGAGGCAGCGGCCCCGGGGAUGAGCAGUGCACGAUCACAUCCCGUCUCCUGCCGACAUGGAAAACUUACCCGCAACGUGGUAGCCAGCCCCAGCGGCACGAACUGCCUUCCCCCUUCCCCUGCCCCAGGCUGCCCCCGCGGGCAGGGUUUUCACAUGGCAGCUUAGGUCUGUGAGCAUCGUCCCACUGACUGCUGUGGCUCCAUCAAGUUCAUCUAGCUCCAGCUGAGAAAUCGGACCCAUUCUACUUUAUACGUCAAUGUUACAUUAAUACCAAGUUUUUGCAAGACCUCAGUAAAGUCUAAACUGGAUCAUGAA